GUCAAUUUAUCAAUCUUUUAAUUCAAAAACCAAAAGAAAUAUACAUACAUUCAAUAUUUUCCUAUCACUUAGAGACAACAUGUGGCAUUAUUUGUCUCCAGCAAAUGUCACAGUUUGGAAUAUUCAAAUUGAAGACUAGGAUUCUCUUUGGCAAAAUUUUUGCUUGAAAGGCCAGCAGAUUUGGCGCACAAGUUACUAUUUAAAAAAAAAAAAAAAGUUUGCAAGAUCUCCAAAAUCUUGUCAGAUUACCGUUGACCUCAGAGAAGAGUAACAUCUUGUUAGAUUGUUCUUGUAGAUUGAUCCACCUUUGGUCAAUCUCAUGUUGGCAGUAAAUCCUUCAUAACUCAGAGCCAACAUGAAACAGCUUUAGAGUUUGAAGCAUGAUAUGUCUGGAAAGUGCCUGAUGGGGACCUGUAUUACCGUCAGUCCAAAAUGAGAAGCUUAGCUCAUAAUUGGACUUCACUCCAUGCAGUGGGAUAGCAAAGAGCAGAGGCAGAGUCAUUUUCUCAGCUUCUUGGCAUCUGGACUUUGUGCUUGAUCUUCAUAAUAACUGGAAUCCAAAGAUUAACUUUAGUACAAAGGUGGUGGGUAGUACUCUCUUUGCCAGAGAAAGCUCAGAAUAUCACCAGUGGGAAAAAUGAUAUGCAGAGAAAUUGGAAAAAAUGGAAGAAAAUCGCAGCAACAUUCUCUGGUUGGACCUUCAAAGCAACUGAUAUUCUCUGGUAAACCGAAUAUGUGGCUGGUUCUGAUUUUACUUUAUUGGCCUGUAUUAGUUGAAGGAAUUAUUUUGAAAAAAAAUGUUAAUCCUGAAGCCAGACUGAAUUCAAAAGAACUCAUCCUGUACUGGAAAUAUCCUCUUGAGGAAUAUUAUGUGGUUACAGAAGAUGGCUAUAUUCUCAAUUUAUUCAGAAUUCCACAUGGCAGAGAAAACAACACAACCACAAGUCCAAAGCGAGUAGUGUUUCUACAGCAUGGCUUGCUGGUAGAUGCUGCCCAAUGGUACCAAAAUUUUCCUCAUAAUAGUCUGGCUUUCAUGCUAGCAGACACUGGAUAUGAUGUCUGGCUAGGAAAUAGCCAAGGGAACACCUGGUGCAAGAAUCACACAUCUCUUUCACCCUUGUUUGAGAAGUUUUGGAAAUUCAGUUACGACCAGAUGGCUAAAUAUGACCUUCCAGCAUCUAUAGAUUUUGUUCUGCAGGAAACUGGGCAGCAACAACUUUAUUAUAUUGGCCACUCCCAAGGAACCACCAUUGCUUUUAUAGCUUUUUCAUCCAAUCAACAACUGGCUUCCAAAAUCAAACUGUAUAUGGCUUUAGCACCUGUUGCUACUGUUAAAAAUGCUAAAACACCUUUAGCCAAAUUUGCAAAACUGCCUGAUGCAAAAAUUAAGAUCUUAUUUGGAGAAAAAGAGUUUUUGCCCAGAACAUAUUUUAAUACUUUGGUUGCUACCACAGUCUGCAGUCAGGAGACACUGGUGUCUAUUUGUAGCAACCUAUUAUUUGUAUUGCAUGGUUUUAAUGAGAAGAACUUGAAUAUGAGCCGAGUCGAUGUGUAUACAUCAUAUGUCCCAGCUAGUACAUCUGUGCAAAAUAUGAUCCAUUGGAAACAGGCUAUCAACAGUGGUAAACUUCAAGCUUAUGACCAUGGAAGGCUUGGAAAUAAAUUUCAUUAUGGACAGGAUUCGCCUCCUGAAUACAAUAUAUCAGCUAUGACUGUACCAACAGCAAUUUGGAAUGGUGGAAAUGACUGGCUUUCUGAUCCUGAUGAUGUGAAUCAAUUAAUCCCCAAAAUUCAAAACCUUAUUUCCCACAAAUUUAUUCCUCAGUGGAACCAUCUGGAUUUUAUGUAUGGUAUUGAUGCACCUGAUAAAUUGUAUUAUGAAAUAAUAGACUUACUUCAGAAGAAUCCUUGAGAAAUGUUUGCCAAUAAUGAUAUAUAGUUCAUUUGCUAUUAGUUGUCUACUGUUUUUUUUCCAUGAUCCAUUUUUAAUAAACUUUCAGAUUACAUACAAAAUGAAA